AUGGAGGAGUGGUACACAUACGAUGAAGAUGAUUUUGCUACUGAAGAACCAAUAGUAAUAGAAGAGAAAGAAAAGAAAGAAAGACCAAUAGUAAUAGAAGAAAGAGAAGAAGAAGGAGAGGAGAAAGAUGAAUGGGAAAUUGAGGAUUGGAUGCUAAUGAAUGAAGAUGAUGAAAGGAAUGCUGGAGAGUGGAUGAUAAAUAAUGAUGAAGAUGAAGAUGGUGCUCCAAUGGAAAUGUCUCAAUGGAAAGAAAUAAGAAAUCAAGAAAUGGAGAAAUAUCUUCACAGAAAGAAGAUUUAUGAUAAAGUAAAGGCACAAAUAAGAAAUAUAAGGAGAGAAAUACAAUCUCCAAAAGAUAUGGAAGCACUUCUAGAUGAAUACAUUAGAGAAGCAGGUGAAGGAGACUAUUAA